GCUGGCUACCACCAUUUUCAUCUUUAGUUGUUUUCAGCCUUAAUUGAUUUUAGCCUUCGUAUUCAUUGCUUUCAGCCUUAGUAUUCAUUGUUUUCAGCCUUAGUAUAUGUUGUUUUCAGCCUUAGUAUUCAUUGUUUUCAGCCUUAGUAUUCAUUGUUUUCAGCCUUAGUAUAUGUUGAUUUCAGCCUUAGUAUUCAUUGUUUUCAGCCUUAGUAUUCAUUGUUUUCAGCCUUAGUAUUAUUCAUUGUUUUCAGCCUUAGUAUUCAUUGUUUUCAGCCUUAGUAUUAAUUGUUUUCAGCCUUAGUAUUCAUUGUUUUCAGCCUUAGUAUUCAUUGUUUUCAGCCUUAGUAUUCAUUGUUUUCAGCCUUAGUAUUCAUUGUUUUCAGCCUUAGUAUUCAUUGUUUUCAGCCUCAGUAUAUGUUGAUUUCAGGCAUAGUAUAUGUUGACUGUUUUAUGUUGACACACUGUGACUGUUGGAGGAUUUGCGUAUUUUGACCAACUGAAUUGACAGAUACUGGAAUCUUAUUAAUAAGCCGUGUGAUGUUGGACGUCCUGAUAAUAGGUGGAGGACCCCAGGCCCUGACCCUGGCCACCCUGCUGUCCUGUCCAGACCAGGCCCUGACCCCACCUCCCCCCAACACAGACAUCCUCCAGGGGAUCCUGCUCAGCCAGGGCAGGGCCAAGACCAGCCGCUCUAAGAGCAAGAGAGGAGGAGCUACCCGACAGCAGACAGCCGAGCCCGAGGAGCAGGCCGCUCCAGACCCAGAGUCAGUUUCAUCCUGCCCUCCGCUGGCCUUCAGAGUGGUGGACUCAUACGGAGCAUGGACCUCGCUGUGGGAGAGCCAGUUCAGAGCACUCAACAUCCCUCACCUUCGCUCACACACCCUGGUGCACACAGACCCACUCAAUAAGAGGGCUUUGCAGGAGUUUGUUCUGGAGAAGGAUCGGACAGCGGAGCUACACUGCCUCCCUGACCACACCUUCAUUCUGGAUGAGAACGCCUUCUUCAACGACAUGCGUCUGGGCAAGAAGGACAGGAGGAGACUGAGCAGCAGCAGAGGCCUACAGAAGAGCCUGUACUUUAGCCUGCCAGGCACCAGGCUCAGUGUGGACUUCUUCAUGCAGCAGGUGAACAAAUAUGGCCUGGACAGUGUCCUGACAAAGGGCACAGUGGACAGACUGACCCCUGUCAUGUCAGAAGGAAUUGUAACAUCAUUCAGGGUAUUCCUUCAGAACGGGGACGUCCUCGAGGCUAGGCGGGUAGUCAUGGCGACCGGGCCGACCCGUGCCCAGAUGGCCAACAUUCCUUUCUGGGUGUCGUCCAUAGCGGAGAGCUACCCUGAGGAACGCCUGCAGCACACCGUGCAGCUCAUGCACCACCACUCACGGUCAACGCGGCAACAGGAACCAAGAAGCCAGAACCAGGAACAGGAAGAGAGUUCUUCUUCUCUCUCAUCAGGUCGGUUGAGAUGA